AACACAUCGUUGUUGCUGAGCCUCCCUCUCCGCCCGCCAUGACCACCCACAUUCCCUCCCUCACUUUACCCUCGAUCCUGUUCGAGCAGCCCGCUGCUGCGAUCCUGCUGCCGAUCGCUGCAGGUACAGCGGUCGGCUUCUCCAUAUCGCCCAAAGAAACGCAGAAGACCUACAUGGCAUUACGCCAGCCGCCGCUGAAGCCUCCGCCAAAGGCUUUCGGUCCUGUCUGGACUGCGCUAUAUGGCUUGAUGGGAUAUGGUGCAUACCGAGCUUGGACUAUCGGCACAAAUAGCAUAGAUCCGCAGAAGGCUGUUCUUGCCAAGCACGGCGCCACCCUAUACACCAUUCAACUGGGGCUCAAUCUCAUCUGGACGCCGCUGUUCUUUGGCUUCAAGCGACCCAUCGAAGCCUCCAUCGACAUUGUAGCCUUAACAGCUACUGUCGGCUAUCUGGCAUACACCUGGGGUCAAAUUGACGAAGCAGCCGCCUGGUGUCUGGCACCCUAUCUUGCCUGGCUGGGCUUCGCCAACUACCUCUGCCAUGGCGCUGGCUACCUUAACAAUUGGGAUUUCUCUGGAAAGCAACAGCCGAAGCCUGGAAACAAGGACACUACGUUCGUGGAUGAAAAGCCAAAAACCUUGUGACCAACAUAUACCGUAUCUAUUGGACAGCACCUGUGAUACUGUAACAGUGACCAUCGGCAUCUUCCCGAUUUCUGCACAAUUGAAAUGCUAUCUCCAUCGCAACCGCCCUUCGGCAUCUCACCUCCUUCAUCGAGCAUGUAUUGAGCAAGACUCGACUUACUAUGAGCAAACAUUCUUGUGCUCUCAGAAAAGCAGACCACUCUGCUUAAAAUUAUAUUUCGUUUGGCACGCGGCUUUGAAUACAGAAACGAGUUGUCUUCCACCAAGAGAGACAUCAGCCGCGUACGACAGUGAAGCUUGAAGGACGGGUGGCAAGCCAGCGCAGCAUCGCUUAGAAGAAAAGUGGAAAGAGCUCUGCACACUGAGAGACCGCCAUUGCUGGUGGCCUUCCCUCAACACCUAGCAACCCUGUCGAUGGACUUCCAGAAAUGGCAUUAUGCUGUACUUCUGAUUGCAAAGUAGCACUGAUUGUGGACUUGAUCAUUCGGCACUUAUGACCGACACACUUUUGUGGAACAUCCGCGUAACUACAUCAUUGCGCAGGUGUCAAGACGACUCUUGGGGCGGUGCAAGCGCACACGAAACAACAAGCAUGCAAUUGCACCUUUUCAGACUGGGUUGUACAAAGGCUGGGCCGAAUGUGCAUUGUAAACUGCAGCGUGUAUGGUUGUUCGCCCUUCGCAACUGGCCGCGGGAAGCGGAAGGCGCGGCCUAUUGCGUGCAGCCCAGUUCGAACGACAUGAGAUCUGUCCGCCACAUGGAUCUUGGAAUUAGCGUCGUAGCAAACUGCGAAGUGAACUGCGCACUGCUCACUCAAAGGCCAGCUUGUGAGGCAGAAAUCGAAGGCGCGAGUUAUGUCUGCCGCCUUGCUGCUUAGAACCUAGCCAUACCUGACGAGCCCACUCAUUGUCGGAUACCUUCUACAAGUACAGCAAAACAUAAUAUCUGGUCCAUCGAAUCUCGACAAUGAAUUGCCGGAGGAAAAACGAAUACGCUACUGGUCAUCUUCGUCGAAAUACCAUAGCUUCUGUCCUGCAGCAUGUAUUUGGGCGGCCUCAGGAAGUAGCCGCAUUGCAGCCACGAUGGGCCAAUCAGAGAGCCCGGACUUGUAGCCCCUCUGCAUAUGUACAUGUAUCUUGGCGAAGGCAACCAGUUGCCUCGUUCAUCUGUGCAGUGAGCACUUGAAUAAUGCGAACUUCACCGGUCUG